GUGACUCGAUCGCCGUCGCCGACUCCUCCAGCACAUUAUUAUUUUAUUCACAUCCUGCUUGUUAGAUUAUCCAUUUCCACCAUCCAUCACUCGUGAUCGCCAUGCUCCUCCGAUCGCAGACCCAGCACCAUUUUAUUUUUUGUCAGAUCCUAAUUCCCAACUGGUUGACCGACCGACACCUUGCGCGUCGUCGUGUCCCCUCUAGAGAUGCUGACGUGUCUUUCGACGUGUCAGGGUACCCGGUGGACCCGUACGCGGAGCGCGGGAUGGACGAGCACUACCAGCACCAAUGCCACCAGCAGUACGCGCCGCCUCCGCCGCAGCCGAUGUACCCGCCGCCGUACGGGCAGCCGCCGCCGCCGAUGUACCAGCAGCCCUACGGCCAACCGUACGGGCAGCCGGUGUACGCGUCGCCGUACGGGCAGCCGCCGCCACCGGCGAUGUACCCGCCGCCGUACGCGCAACCGCCGCCGCCGCCUCCGCCUCCCCGGAAGUCCGGCGCGUCGUUCGCGGAAGGAUGCUGUGCAGGUUUUGCCGCAAUCUGUUGCUGCUGCCUCAUGGACGCAUGCUUCUGAUGGUGUGGUCGACCUCAUCAGGCCGAAGCAAACGCCGUCUUUGUACUGGGUGCCCGUCAGCGAGGAGAUGAACCAUCGCCUUGAGCAGCUGACACCGUUUGCAUCACUGCGCCGGGAAGCUGAAAUGCGUUGCGUUUGCAUCGUUGCACCGGGAAGCUGGAGAGUGAGAAGCAAUGUUGCAUGAUCUCGAAUGUGCCGAGCUGCUAACAAGGCCACCUGAAACUGCUAGCCAUUAACAGAAGCGUUGUAAUAGCUGUAGGUAUUCGUGUACAUAUAUAGUGAUAGCGAUCCGUGCAUAAAACAUGUACAGCGGCAGUGAUGCCCGUGCAUGAUGAUUCUGUUGAGCAAGGUGUGUUCCAUUCUACUCCUUUAUGAUGUAGAGAUCUGUCCUUUUUA